UCUCGCAAACCAAUUAAAAAUUAAAGCCGGUUUAGCAUAUGAUCUGAUUAAUUUUGAGAACCGGUUUAGCCAAACACUCCUCCACAACCUCUUCCCUCAUCAAAUCUCCAGUCCACUUCGUCGUUUUCUCAUGGUAAUUAGGGUUUCUGUGGUACCCAACUAAGAACACAUUGCUUCCAUCCACUCUAAAAGUGCAAGCUUUCAAUCCGAUUGUGCUUCUAAAGGUCGAAGCUUUCCUUCGACUGAUAUGGUUAGGGUUCUGGGUUCUUCGACUGCAAUCCAACAUCAUACCAAGUCGAUCCCACUCUUAAUCCGAAGAUUCUCGCUUCCUUCGACAAGGAAAGACCCGGACCUCGAAUCUGCUCUCUCACGCAACAAGAGAUGGAUAGUCAACAGCCGUCUCAAGAACAUCAUCCUAAGGUGUCCCAACCAGGUAGCACCCGUUAAGUUUCUACAGAAGAAGUUCAAGACUCUUGAUCUCCAAGGGAAGGCCUUGAACUGGCUUAAGAAGUACCCUUGUUGCUUCGACGUUUAUCUCGAGGAAGAUGAGUAUUACUGUCGUUUGACGAAGCCCAUGAUGGCCCUUGUGGAAGAAGAGGAGCUUGUUAAAGAGGCCCAAGAGCCUGUCUUGGCGGAUAGGCUUGCGAAGCUGCUUAUGAUGAGUGUUGGCCAGCGUCUUAACGUGGUGAAGCUUAAUGAGUUGAAGAGGAGUUUUGGAUUUGGGGAUGAUUAUGUUGUUAGGAUAGUGCCCAAGUAUGCAGAUGUGUUUCGGUUGGUGAAUUAUAGCGGUAGGAAGAGUUCUAUGGAGAUUGAGCUUUUGUCUUGGAAGCCUGAGUUGGCUGUUUCCGCUGUGGAAGCUGCAGCGGCGGGGAAUGAGUGUGGUGGGUCUGAGGCUAGCUUCUCUUGCUCUUUGCCCACCACGUGGACUAAUCCUUGGGAGAGGUUUAUGGAGUUUAAUGCCUCUCCUUAUAUAUCUCCGUAUCGAGAACCUGGGGAGCUUGUGGAGGGUUCGAAGGAGAGUGAGAAGAGAAGCGUUGGUUUGGUGCACGAGUUGCUCUCGCUGACGCUGUGGAAGAAGCUGUCUAUGGUGAAGCUGAGUCAUUUCAAGAAGGAGUUUGGGUUGCCAGAGAAGCUGAACGGCAUGCUUCUGAAGCAUCCGGGGAUAUUCUACGUUUCUAACAAGUAUCAGGUUCACACUGUGCUCCUUAGGGAAGGCUAUGAUGGCUCGGAAUUGGUUCAGAAAGACCCGCUCGUUAUUGUUAAGGAUAAAUUUGGGGAACUGAUGCAGCAGGGGUUGUAUGAGUAUAAUCGAAGGAGGUAUUUGGCUAAUCUUGAGAAGAAGAGAGAGAAAGGUAUUGAAUCUGUGAAGUCUGUGGUGAGGAAGAGAGACGGGAUUGAGCAUGGGGACGACGAUGUUGAUGAACAAGAGAACCAUGGGGGUCGACCAGGCGGUAUGUUUGAUCCAGAAGAAAGGAAAAGGUUCUAUCAGAUUCUCUUCAGUGACACCCAAUAAGAGCACUUUGGUAAAGUUGAGACAUUAUUAGCUGAGAAUUGCUAAAUCUUCACUGAGUUUGGGACAGACAGUUUGUUAAGUUGUGGUCACAGAUGCUACCUAGUUGUUCCCAGGGAAUGCAACUUCAAGUUGAAAUCUGAUUACAGUCUGGGACAGCUAAAAAUGCUUCCAUUUAGGGGGUGUGUGUGUCAAGACUGAAGAGUUGGCUGAGCUGAGUUAAAUGUUUUAUCCUCCAAGAAUAGUGACUGGGGAGUGUGUUAUACCUCGUGAACGUGGUUUAGUAACUCAGUGAAGACCUUUGCACGGCACUUGUAGUUUUCGCCUAUUGCCAGUAUCAUGCCCAAUGCCAUUGUAGUUGAUGCUCGUAAUGAGACUCAUUCCACUUUCUUUUUCCUCCGCCUCAGUAUUCAUUAUCUUAUCUAGUAACACCUCUCUCUUUGUUAUCCAACUGGUGGAAAUUUAUACUUUUCGUACCUCAUAUAUGUUGAACUAAAGCCUUUGGUUCCUUUAUGUUUUGAGGCAAUGUUGCCAUUUGCACAUGGUCUUUUUUUGUUUAUCGUAGUACAGUUUGGUUCACAAAAGUGACUUUGUA